AUGGAUCUUGAAGACAACAUUCGAAGAAUGAUGUCCAUAAUGGACCAAUCCCAAUUGCCGAAUGAGGUACGUCUGUUACCUAUCUGGAUUGUGUGGAUGAUCUGGAAAUCACGAAAUGAAUUUCUCUUUCAACAGAAAACUUCACAUCCUCAUAUGGAAGCCAACAAAGGAAUCAACGCGUUAGCUAAAUGGUUGCAGGCAAACCCAGUGGAACAGCAACAAAGACAUGAUCGCAGGCAUCCCUUGUCUCAAUGGGAACCGCCACCUCAACAUUUCCUUAAAUGUAAUUUUGAUAGUAGCUACUGUCGGGAUUUGGAUUACAUGAGAGUUGGUUGGCUUGUAAGAGAUUCUCAUGGUGCUUGUCUAGAUGCAGGUUGGGCAAAACUACACAAAGUGGAUUCAGCUUUGGAAGCAAAAGCAACUGGGUUUUUAUAUGUUGUUCAGCGUAUCUGGAGUAGAGGAUGGAGGCACAUUUGGUUUGAAGGUGACAAUAAGGAUCUUACGUCUAUCAUCAACAAGCAACAACAUCAUGUGGAGUUAGGUAAUUUAAUUUUUGAUAUUCGUCACUGGAUACAAAAAUUACCUCUUUGCUCUUUAGACCACGUAAAUCGUGAGAAGAAUUAG